AUGGGGAGAGCUCCAUGCUGCGCAAAGAUGGGCCUCAAGAGAGGGCCAUGGACUCCAGAAGAAGAUCAAAUUCUCAUCAAUUACAUCAACACUUAUGGCCAUUCCAAUUGGCGUGCUCUGCCCAAACAUGCUGGCCUGUUAAGGUGCGGAAAGAGUUGCAGGCUCCGGUGGACAAAUUAUCUGAGGCCUGACAUCAAACGCGGCAACAUUACCAAAGAAGAAGAGGAUGCAAUAAUCAAUUUACAUGAAAUGUUAGGAAACAGAUGGUCGGCUAUUGCCGCAAGGCUACCAGGGCGCACAGAUAAUGAGAUAAAAAACGUGUGGCACACCCAUUUGAAGAAGAGGCUGCCACCAAACCAAGAGAGUCACCACCCAAAACGAAAUAAAAAACAACAAACGUUGGAUACUGUGGACGCCAAACAGCAACAACGACACCCCUCAAAGACACCCAAAGAAGAGAACACAAAGGACACCCCAUUAUCUCCUCCACAAUGUUCUAGUGACAACAAUAGUACCAUAACUAAUACUACUACUAAUCAUGGCAUGUCCGUUAAUAUUAAUAUUAAUGAUGCUGACUCACCACAAAAUAAUCUUGCAUUGGAUGAGGAUUUUUGGUCUGAAGUAUUGUCUUCCGAUAAUUCCGGUGAGACAAGCGAUUUUCCGACAAUCGGUGCUGACUGUGAUCAGAUACAACUUCCCUUCUCUCCUCUGUCAAGCAUGUGUGAUGAUGACAUGAACUUUUGGUACGAUGUUUACGCGAGAGCUGAGGAAUUAAAUGAGAUUUUGGAAUUGUGA